AGCCUGCCUGCUAGGUCUCUCCCGUCAUUCCCAGACAGAUUUAGCUGCUGACAGCUGCUUGGGACUCUGCCGCCUGGGCCUGGCGCAGAACUGCCAUCUCUCCUCUCAGCGACUCUGGAGCCACAGCCCCUCAUGGCCCAGAAGGAAGAGGACACUGCAGCCGCCGCGCCUGCCUCCCAGAAUGGGGAAGACCUGGAGAACCUGGAUGACCCUGAGAAGCUGAAGGAGCUGAUUGAGCUGCCGCCCUUUGAAAUCGUCACAGGGGAACGGCUACCUGUCAACUUCUUUAAGUUUCAAUUCCGGAAUGUGGAGUACAGUUCUGGGCGGAACAAGACCUUCCUCUGCUAUGUUGUUGAGGUGCAGGCCAAGGGAGGCCAAGUGCAGGCCUCUCGAGGAUACCUAGAAGAUGAGCACGCAGCUGCCCAUGCAGAAGAAGCCUUCUUCAAUACCAUCCUUCCAGCCUUCGACCCGGCCCUGAAGUACAAUGUCACCUGGUACGUGUCCUCUAGCCCCUGUGCAGCUUGUGCUGACCACAUUAUCAAAACCCUUAACAAGACCAAGAACCUGCGCCUGCUCAUUCUGGUGGGGCGACUCUUCAUGUGGGAGGAGCCAGAGAUCCAGGCUGCUCUCAAGAAGCUGAAGGAGGCCGGCUGUAAACUGCGCAUCAUGAAGCCCCAGGACUUCGAGUACAUCUGGCAGAAUUUUGUUGAGCAAGAAGAGGGUGAAUCCAAGGCCUUUGAGCCUUGGGAGGACAUUCAGGAAAACUUCCUAUACUACGAGGAGAAGCUGGCAGACAUCCUGAAGUAGGAACUGGGCUCAGCCUCACGUCUGCCUGCUGCCACCAAGAGACAGCAGUGACAUGUAUAGCCACCUGGGACAUGCCUAUCUUCCUAAUAUCACUUGGAGCUGGACAGCAUUGAACACUAACCAAUCCACCUGGACAAGACCCUUAGAGGACUCAGAAUAUACUCCUCAUGCUGUAAUUCAUUUAGGGUGUGCACCUCUCUUUAAUGCUGCUCUUGGGAAAGAGGGAAGUGACCUAUAAGAAGAGAUAUGCAACCAUACAUGGGCAUCAGGCAUCUGUGAGACCAAAGGUCCUAAUUACUCCCCCAAAGGGGCUACUUAAGGCAAAGAGUCUAAGACCCAAGGUACAGAUCUUUGAAAUAUGCAUUUUAUGUUAAGUUGGAUUCUUUUUUUUAAGAAAGAAAAAGCAACAUUAAUAAAAGUAGUGGUGUG